UAAAAAGCAUGAAAGCAACUACAAAGCCCCAAAGUGGCCCACUGCAAAAGAGCAUAUUAUUUAGUCAAAUUUCAAAAUAAUGAAUAAUUUAUCAUCUUCUCAACAUGAUUAAAUUUGAUAUAAAUUAGCUCAGAUAUUGAAUAGACUAGAAGUUUGACAUUUAAGUAGUUUUGAGAUUUGUGCCCUAGCAAAGACUCUCCCAGUCCCAGUUAUCGAGGCGCCGUUUGCUCGUCCCCUCUCCGACGCCGGUGGAGUCAUGGCUCGCCGGCGUCGACCCUCUAAAACUCUACGUCUCUCUCUCCUCUUAUCUUCUAUCCGUUCAAGCUCUCUGGUUUCGUCCGUCUCCUUGUCUUGGUCGGAGAACAUUGUGACUGUUUCAUUUUCCGGGGGCUCCCGGUCUAUGUUCUCGGUUUCCUCUUCGGCUCACCGCCUCACGCUUACCGUUAUGUGUCUUGUUGGGCUCAGAUCUGUAAGAAUCAGCUCCCGUUUCAUCGUCAUCGCUCCUGUUCGUGCUCUCAUCGUCUCUCACGCCGUCGACGGUUCUCCAUUGAGACCGUCUCUCAAGGUGAGCAGGGACGACGUGGUUAAGCCUUUCGGAUCGCUUUCCACCGGAGUCGUUAUUUUCUGGGGGGUUCCCCACUUUUCCUCUGUUACUGUCAGCCACAACCACCGUGACUCACCAAUGCUCUGCAACUGCAACUCUGGUUUAACAGCCGAAAAAGCCUUAACCUUCGAGGUAGUCACGUCUCAAAACCCUAGAUUUAUGAAGCACCGUUCAGAUCUACCGCCGUCCCCGCUAGUUAUGAUGUAUGCUUGUUUGUUGUCUCAUCGAGGAGGAGAUCUGCUCCGACGAGCCUCUCCGCGGCGACUUAGAUUUAUUUCAGAAGACCGGAGAUCAGCACCAACACUCACCCCCUCAUCUGUUCCGCUCAACCGUCGCUGCUCCCUUUCCGGCGACCCGAGCUCCUGUCAACGUCAACGGAACAGCAUCGCUCAAGCCUGUGAGAUGGGCCUAUUUGCUUGUAGAUUGGGCCUGAGAACACUAAUUGUCUUUUUACCGGUGGGUUCACUGGGCUCGUUGUCAUCUUCAUCACCAUACUCAUCACCAUCAUCAUCAUCACCUGCCUUCUCUCGAAGAAGUGUUUCCCCUUCUGCCCAUGUGCGAAGGUGUAUUUCCAAGUCUAUAACCGUCUUGCUAUCUUGUGGAGCGGUCCGUUCGGGACCUGAAGAUGCAGCGGAUCUCGUUUCGACGAUAUUCCGAGGUGCGGAUUGGAUAUCAACGUCACUUUUCAAUGUGACUAAAUUUCAACCUUCCGGCACUGCCGUGAAUUUGACGCAUUCAAGCUUUGCUAUGAAUUCGCUGUCUCUUUAUCUUAGAGGUUUCUCUAAAUCUAUCGUUUGUGUUGUAUGGUUUUAUGUUUGUAGUUCUAUGAACUCUUGUAGACUUUAAGUUUUUUAAUGAAAGUGGUGUUCCAAAAAAAAAAACAAGUUAAUAAGCUUGUAAAAGAGAGAAUUUGUAAAAUUCGGUUACUAUAAAGUUAAGAAGAAAUACCACACUAUUUUUCUACAAAAAUGUAAUUCACCUGACACCGACAAUCUUUUGGAACUCUUCCUCCAUAGAGCGGAUCAUAUAGCUAUGAAAAUCGUAUGUCAAUGUUAGGUGAUGAUUCUGUUUAAAGGAAAUACAAAGGAUUAUGAUAGCGUAAUAUACAUACAUUUCUUGAAAAAUAACUAUAUGAAUGAAAAUAAAAACACAAAUUUUCUGAAAGUGAAGGAAUAGUUAAAAAGUUAUUAGCUAUUUUUUAGAUUAUUAGGUUGUUCGAGACUCCGAAUGCAUAUAAAAACGUUCAAAUGCUUUCUAUGAUAAACUUAGAUGAGGUUUGAAUACAGAACUGAGGAAAGGUAAGUUCUAAAUCCUAAGUGUAAUGACCAAGUGUUAUGAAACUAAGAAUAAUGGAAAGUGAAAGCAUUCAAAUGACAUAAGACUGUCACGCACCAUGAUGAAUCCCUUGCGGAGUGUUAAAUAGUCAGGACGAACAACGGAGUGUCCAAAUUGCCGAAAGAAACAUAUCUGUAAGAAAUAAGAAUAAGUUUUGACUUUUUUUUUUACGUCUGAAUAAGUUUUGACAGCAAUUGAAAUUUUAACCACAACAAAUAAAUUAAAUUCUGAAUGAACUUUCCAUCUUUAGACUUUAGGGUGUUGAUAAAAAAAAACUUUAGGGUUAUUUCAAUCACAAAUGUAAGAAUAUUACAUAUAAAAUUUCGAAUUUCUUAAGGAAGUAAAAAACCUACCACCCAUACAAGUAUUCUAUUCUUGACCAGAGGAGCAGAUGUAUGAUAUUGGACAAAUGUUGUUUGCCUUCUCAAUAUCUUUUCACGUGCGACCACUGCCAGAAAUAAAGUAUAAAUUUCUCUAAAUUGUUAUACAUUUGUAGAUAUGAAUUCUGAAGAAAU